GUACACAGGUCUGUCCCUGCCACAGGUGGUGGGAUUUCGGGCAGUCGUCCACCAGUGUUAAAUCUCGGAGCUGUUACUGAAUGCUUCGGCCCAGCUUCUCGGAGCCCCUCCCCUGCCACUUAUUGUGUGUGAUCUAUAGGCAGCUAGAGGUCUGUGGUACUUUAUUGGGAUCUUUUUUCUCUUUCUGUCUUUCCCCCUUUUGGUCUUUGCUCUUCCUCUCUAACAUUGUUUUUGCAUUGCAUGUGUUAACUUGGUAGCAUUCAGUACUAUUUUCUCUCAACACUCUGUCCUAAUCACUACUACAGUUUUCCUCCCAGACUCAUUCCUCCCACAUCUCCUGCCCCUACCAGCCCCUCCAACCUACCCUCCUCCUCCUCCUCUUCUUCCCCUUACCUGACCCUGUCCAAGAGCGAUAUGCAGCGGGCAGCCUCAGAGCCACAGAAACCACACAUACACACUGGAAAUCUAAGAAACACAUGUUUACAGGCCACAGGAUGACUACUUGGUAAAUCGUUUAUCAUGUAUUUCUUCUUAUUCAAGUUGUAGUCAUUACUUUUGAAUAUCUAAUAUGGAUACCGAGCCCAUCAGAGCUUUCGAUCUAUUAAGUGAAGCAGCACAGAAAGGGGACAUUUUAGGUUUUAGUAUAUCAGCUGGUACUGAAUUCUUGUCUAAAUAUUUGAAGUAUAAGCCAAACAUAGCUCUGUAUCAGCGUUAACUGUUAGAUGUCUGUCAUCUUUUAGCGUUUUUAAUUUAAGUACACUUUGAUAAAGCUCCAGUUGAUGAAUAGGGCCUUCAGAAUUAUGAGGUAAGUAUGUAUUUUUGAAUUGUUACAUUUCAACAUUUCUAUUAAUCGGACUCUGCUUCUCUGUCAUCAUGUAGUUAAAUGAAGUCUUGCAGUCCCCUCGCAUUCAGCCUGACACAUCCACACGCCUUCUGGUUUAGUCGUUUGGCUCUCGGACCACUGAGAUAGUUGUUUCCAUUUAGUCACACCUGCAGUAGAUGAGACUGACUAGGAAUGUACGGAGCACCGAAUACAGCGAGAGGGAGAGGGAGCUGCAGGGGUUUAUGAGGAGCAGCAGGCCCUGUCCACUAGCAGCACUUUGCCAAAAGACAUUCCUCAGAGACGUGAGAGAGGAUGAUGAGUAACUGCAGCAGUCUGCUUCGCUUUUUGCAAUACAUAUUUCUAAAAGGGUCCGUCUCAGUUUUCUUCUCAGAUCGUGUAAAAAAAAAAAAAGUGCAAAAUCUAUGGAAAGUUGCAUUACAAAUGUAGUUUGGCUUAAUUUAGGAUCAGUCACUUGUAUCACCUGUCAUGUGUAUUAAUAUGCCCGUGUUACAUCCUCCUUGGUAAUCUUAGCCACAGCAAUUUUCAACACCCAGACAGGGACACAUAAACACAUCCCUACUUUUUGCUGCAUAGACAAAAGCAAUACGAUUCCUAAAUACUCUGAGGUCUCUAGGUGAGGUCCCCUGCAUAUCACUUCCCUGACCCAUUUCUUCUGCCAUGCACUGUGCUGCCAUGCACAGUGCAUACUUUAUAAUAAUAAUAAAAAAAACAAAAAAAACACCCCCCCUCUUGUAGAUCUCUUUUGUUUGGAUAACAUUUUCUAUUUUUCUUUCUCCUGUAUUAACAGUCAGUUGGUGGAUUUAUUGACAUGCCUACCUUUUUUCUGUUUGUAUACAGUGUUAUGUUUGUUUAAAAGCAGAGAGAGAUUUGCAUUUUUUAAGAACUAGAGAAGAAGUAGCAGAAUUGCAGUUGAAAGCGUUUGGCCGGUUUCUUACGUUGUGUCACGUGUGACUGUUUUUUUGACAGCCCAGUAUUUUAAAGCCAGGAUAACAUCGGGCACCGGCUGCUUCAGAAACAUGGCUGGAAGUUGGGGCAAGGCCUUGGCAAAACCAUGCAGGCGAUUUGAUCCUGCCCAUGUUGUGCUGAUGGUAAACUUAGUGGGCGCACCGACCCUGUGCCCAUCAUCCUCAAAUAUGAUGUCAUGGGGAUGGGACGGAUGGAGAUGGAGCUGGACUAUGCAGAGGAUGCCACAGAGAAGAGAAGAGUGCUCGAGGUGGAGAAGGAGGACACAGAAGAACUGCGGCAAAAAUACAAGGACCAGAUGGAAAAGGAGAAAGCUAUUGCAAAGGCUCUGGAAGACCUGAGAGCCAAUUUCUACUGUGAGCUAUGUGACAAACAAUACACGAAACACCAGGAGUUUGACAACCACAUUAACUCCUAUGACCACGCUCACAAGCAGAGGCUUAAAGAGCUGAAGCAGAGAGAGUUUGCUCGUAAUGUGUCAUCACGUUCCCGGAAAGGUGGAAAGAAGCAGGAAAAGAUGUUGCGCCGAUUGCAUGAGCUGGCUGAGCAGAGGAAACAACAGGACCGGACUCCAGGAAGUGGACCCAUGUUCAAAACUACCACAGUGGCCGUGGAUGGAGAGAAGGGAGAAGAUGGCGACAACAUGAUGACGCCUGAAAACACUGCUUUGACAGACGGUGCCCCAGAUGGAUCGCCGUCAGAUAAAACAACUGGCCCAGCCUCCCCAAAGCCAGGUCCAACUAUCAGCUUCUCUCUGGGGAAGAGCACCUCCUCCUCCCCAACCCCUAGUGGCGCAUCCAAAGUCAGUGUAUCCUUCUCUUUUGCCAAGAAAGCCCCAGUAAAGCUGGAGACAGCGGCAGCAGUGUUUGCCGAUCACGGAGAGGAGGCUAUGGAGGAAGAGGAGGGCCAGGAGGUAGAAAAGGCUGGAGCACAAGAGGAGACAUCUGGCUGCAGCACAGACAGCCCUCGGGGAGGUGAGGGAGGGGGUGAAGGAGGAGAGGUGAUUAGCGUGGCAGGGGUGGAAGAGGCGCAACAGUCUGAUGACGGAGGCUCUCUAGCGUCCACUCUCAACAAACUGAAGAUGAUGAUGAAAAAAGAGGAAGGAUAUGCUGGACAGGAGCCUCAGUACUAUCACUACGUUCCUCCAGCUCACUGCCGGGUGAAGCCUCACUUCCAGUUUUUGCUGUUUAUGAAGGCUACUGAGCAAUGUCAGAGCAAAGAGGAAGAAGAUGAGCAGGAGGGGCAAGAGGAGAAAAAGGUCGAAGAUAGUUGUGAACAGACGGAGCCGCCCAACAUUACAGAGUGCAAGGAUGAAAAGGAACACGGUAAUGUCACUUUAACUCCUGACCCAGAGCCAGCUCCUCCAUCACCUAAAGUGAAGUCGGAGGAUUCCUCUCUGUGUGCAGCAGAUACAGCUUCCAUCGUACCCACUUCCCCUACGCAAAAGGCAGAGAACAUACAGGAUACUGUGUGCACACUGGAUUCCAACUCGGGUCCUAAAAUCGCCACAGGUCCCUUUUUCCCAGUUCUGAGCAAGGAUGAGAGCACAACCCUUCAGUGGCCCUCUGAGCUCCUCGAAUUUACAAAAACCCAGCCUUCUCUGUCUUACAGCUGCAACCCCCUCUACUUUGACUUCAAGCUGUCUCGCAACAAAGGAGCACGUGGAGGGAAAGGUGCAAAGUCCCCUAAGCCUUGUGAAGAGUCUGAUGACAAGGGGCAAGAGAUCGCUGCCUCAACAGCUGAAGUAGACACAACUACUAAACCUGGGACCAGCACUGACAAAGACAAACCAAUGAUAAAAGGAGAGCUCGGCCACUUAGAAGGUGACGAACAAAAGCCUGCAACCGGCAGCAGUAGUACCAAGAAAAAAAAGAAAAAGAAGAAGCAUAAGAAGUCUGCGAAGCACUCAAAACGCAAAGGAAAAGAAAAAGGAGCAAAAGAAGAUGCGGAGGGAGAGACUGAGGCGACACAAGAGAAGCCCAAAAAGAAGAAAAAACACAAACGCAAGAAAAGCAAAAACAAAGCUCCAGAUCAAGAUGAGGCAACAGGUGAUGCAGGGGAAAAGGCAAAACCAAAGUCGGAAGAUAAAGCUGUUGCUUCUUCUGUUCAGCUGACAACCGGAGGAGGAGGGGCUACAGGAAAUACAGGAGCAGAACUGGGGAAGAGGAAACGUACUACGAAGGAAGUGCCUUGCAAGUCUGGAGCAGAGGAAGGAGGGGCCGGAAAAGGCGCUGACAAGUCCAACUCCUCAGAGGAGCAUAGUGGCACCAAGCGACAAAAGACUGACUCCAGUGCACCUCAAAGUGCCUCCUGCUCCACUUCAGCCCAAAAAAGUCCUGGUCCUGGUAGACCUCCCAGCAGUGAGAGUGAAGAAGAAGGGGGCUCCAAGACCCAACGGUCACGUCAUCAUAGGUCAAGUCCUCGGGAACAACGCCGCCACCAUAGUGAGGAAUCGAGGCGGUCCUGCAGCCGUUCUUCAAGACGGGGGGAUAGACGGGGCAGUAGUCGUCGGCGCCAUCGUGGCCAAAACUCCCGUAGUCACUCCUACUCCAGCAGCUCUGAGCGUUCCUCAGCAGGCAGCAGCGCCUACAGCCACCGCAGCCGCAGCUACUCAGACAGCUACAGUGACUACAGCACAGAGGGUCGCAGACGGAGGCACUCCAAGCGUUCGUCAGACUCCGAGUAUGAGCGGAGGGGAAGCCGAGGACGUAGACGAUCCAGGAGACAUCAGUACUCCUCUUCCUCCUCUGAAGACUCCCGCUCACGUUCACGCAGCUACAGCCGCAGAAAGAGGCACCGGCGGCACCAUAGGAGCAGCUCAAGGAGCUCUAGUAGCUGGAGCCGCAGCACCAGUGCAAGAUCCUGGAGGCGUAGCUAUAGCCGUAGCCACAGUUCCGCCAGUCGCUCAUCCAGUUCCACCAAAGGUUCCCCUCGCCGACGAGGUCCCAGGGGUCGAGCGGACAGCGACACACACCGCAGAGACUUCAUCCGCUCUCGCAUCUACCGCUCCCAGUCCCCACGGUCAUCUUCAUCACGAGGCCUUAACCGCAACACCCAUUCAUCCAGCUCACAGGCUCUGAGGCCAGGGGGGUCCCGAGAUGCAGGUGAACAGAAAAACACCCUUACUGCACGCCAGUUGCUGGAGAAGGUUCAGUCUAAAAAAAGCUCUGAUGAUUCUGCCACAGGAACAAAAUCUGGGAUUAAGAUUAAGGACCCACCACAGGGCUACUUUGGUCCCAAACUACCCCCGACCCUAGGAAACAAAGCCAUGCUGCCACUUUUUGGGAAGCUGCAGGCAGGGAAGAAACCACUGAUUCCCCUAACAAGACCCGAUGAGGGGGAGAAAUCAGGAGCUGGCAAGGGCUCUGAGACUGAGGCCGAGGUUAUCCUGGUAGAGCCUAUAAGGGAGUUCCCCCCUCCGCCACCACCUCCAGCUCCACCAGUCCAGAAGGUUGAGGAGGCGCCACAAAGCACAGUCGUCCAAGAGGAGACGCCGCAACCCAAUACAGAAGCCCAGAUGCAUCAAGAACCCCGGCCGCUGUUUGAACAGGAGCCUUCCAUAAUGAUGCCCCAGUACCAAGGAGAAGCAGGACAGGACCCUUCUCAGAACCCCAUGAUGGAAGCCCUCAUGCCAGAAAUGCAGCAGCAACAGCCUCCAAUGCAUGCCUAUCCUGGUUACCCACCACCCAACCUGGAGGAGGACGGCAUGGAGGCAGAGGAGGAUGGACUGGCUCCUUUGGAGAGUCAGCCCAUUACAUUCACACCUGAGGAAAUGGAGAAGUACAGCAAGCUGCAACAGGCUGCACAGCAGCACAUCCAGCAGCAGCUUCUGGCCAAGCAGGUAAAGACAUUUCCCAAUGCUGCUGCUGCGGCCGCCGCCGCUGCUGCCGCAGCCGCCAACCUGGCUCCAGCGCCGCCUCCCCCAGCCCUGCAGCAGAUCCACAUUCAGCAGCCCACUGUGUCUGUAGCCUCCGGCACGUCGAUCACCACAGUGCAACACGCCAUUCUGCAGCACCAUGCUGCCACCGCUGCAGCCAUGGGUAUCCACCCAGCACAUCCCCACCACCCACACCCUGCUCAUGCCCAGUUAGCCCAGGUACACCACAUUCCCCAGCACCACCUUACCCCCAUCUCCUUGUCUCCUUUGGGCCAUUCACUUGGUCAUUCUCUGGGACACUCACUAGGACAUGCUGGACUGAUUCCUGCCCACCCAACAGCCUUCCUCUCCGGUCAGCCUAUACAUAUUAUCCCAGCUUCUGCACUUCACCACACACCUUUAGCUCUCCACCAUGUACCACAUGCAGCCCUUUACCCCACUCUUUUCACACCCCGGCCCUCACAGGCUGCUGCAGCAGCGGCUCUCCAACUCCAUCCACUGCUACACCCAAUCUUCUCAGGGCAGGACCUCCAGCACCCACCUAACCAUGGCUCUUGAGUAAUGACGCAAGUGAAGGAGUGUACUCACACCACCCCAACCACUGGAAGAAAGACCUAACCGGCUUGGUUUAGGGUUUUAGGAUGAAGUCUUUGUGACAACAUGUAGACAGUGGGACAGGAAGCUGUCAUUAAACCACCAUUUUACUGGCCUACACAGUGCAGUAAGUUGUAGCCACAAAGUGGUGCUGACUGUGUUGGGUUCAGAAUUGACACUAACAUUUUCUUCUUACUCGUGAGUUUUUUUUCCAUGUUUUUCCCUGAAUUUUUCAAGCAGGGUGUAGAUUUACAGACUUCCUCAAUCUUGGUUUAUACCCACCCAUUUGUUUUUGAAUGACGCAUCAAUGAAACCACUGGAAGUGUUUUUGUUUUGUUUUCCAUAUAAAAAUAUUCACUUUUUCUUUUCUUUCUUUGCUAAUUUAGCAGCCAAAGAGACAUUAAUGGCUGAAGCUAUAAGCAGAAUUGUGUUAGGACUAUUGUUCUAGAGAGGAACAGCUUUGGUUCUGUAAUGUAACGAGACAAACUAUUUCAUAAUUACUGAUAAUCUCUUUAUGUUCUCAUAUGACUACUUGCUCUCUAUUGGAUCCUUGGUCUCAAAUGAUUUGUAAUGCAGUAACUUGUACAUAUAUCAGUGUGUAAUGUGAAGAAUCCCACCAAUGAUGACCAUGUGAAAUUACAUGCUAUGGUGUCUAAAUCGGUAUGACAUGUCACACAAGGACCCCCCCCCUCCCUCUGAGGCAAAGCUCAUGUUCCCUGUGGUGAGGGUACACCUGAAUGAAUUGCACUGAAAUCUGUACAUCGAGAUGGUGCGUUUGCAUCAUGUAACAAUAAGAUUGUAGUAUACUGCAAUAAUUGUAUUUUUCUGUUUUUAAAUUAUUUUCCAGAAUGCUCUUCAAAAGAAGGGCUGUGUUUUUGCUUUUGUGUAAUUUUGUAAAUAAAAACUGCUGUAGAUUAACCUAUUAACAUUCUAGAGGUUUGAGGCUGGCGUUGGAAAAAGCAGAAUGACGAGAUGGACGGGAGGUGGAUACGUGUAUGUAUUUUAUCAAGGUUGUUUCUUAAACUACCCCGGCUAAGAUGUGCUGGGAGGGCAAAGGAAUAGUGAUCUGUCAAGCAGUAGCAACUCUGUAUUUUUUAAAAACUUACUGUUUCAGCAAAUAAAAUCUCAAGUUCA